AUAUAAUUUAGAAACUCGUACGCGUUGUGGACAGAGUCCGUUUUGACGGCGAUUAUUGGAUCUGUUAUGAAAUUUUAAAUAAUUAGGGCAGAAUUAUCAAAAACCACCUACCGCGGAGAUUGCAGAAUGUUAAACUGCACAAGAGUGGAUCAAGUAACUAUUAACUGCAAUGGAACAGUUUAUAUUUCUGAUGAGGAGGAGAUAAGUACCACUGAAUUCUGGACAUACCUUGGAGUCUAUGUUGGCCUAGUAGUCUUUGCUGGGUUGAUGUCUGGUCUGACAAUGGGACUCCUCUCACUAGACAUAAUGAGUUUGAAAGUGCUGUCCAUGAGUGGUAAACCAAAAGAGAAAGUUUAUGCAAAGAAAAUCAUUCCUAUAGUUGAGAAGCAUCACCUACUGCUGGUAACAUUACUGCUUGCAAAUGCCGCAGCAGUAGAAAGUAUGCCGAUAUUCUUGGACAAGAUCACAAAUCCUAUAAUCGCAAUUGUGAUCUCUGUAUCAGCUGUUCUCAUAUUUGGCGAAGUUGUUCCACAAGCAAUCUGCACUCGGUAUGGACUAGCUAUUGGUGCUACCUUAGCUCCAUUGGUAUGGCUGCUAAUGUUAUUAAUGAUACUGAUAUCGUUUCCAAUUGCAAAGUUACUUGAUCUCAUCCUUGGGAAAGAAACUGGAACUUUCUUUAGGCGUGCAGAGCUUGGCGCUUUAGUUGAUUUGCAUGGUGAAACAUCUGCAGAUAAUGAAAACCCACUAUCUCAAGAUGAAGUACUCAUUAUAAAGGGCGCCCUCACCAUGAGAGACAAAUGUGCUAAAGACGCAUUCACUCCGCUAAACAGUGUUUACAUGUUGGCCACAACUGAUGUCUUAGACAGGCAAAAAAUUGAUGAAGUACUUCCUCAAUCAUCAGGUGCUAGGCUCAGAAUCCCCGUGUAUGAGGAAGUAAAGGGUACCAAAAACAUUAUUGGAAUUAUUCUAACAAAGAAUUUACUUAGAAUUGAUUUACAAGAACGUUCAAUGGUCAGAGAAGUCUUCCUUAAACUUGGACGUUCUAUUGAGAUGAUUUCAGCUAGCAUGCCUUUGUAUGAUGUAUUAAAUGCCAUGCAGGAUGGCCGAAGCCACAUGAAUUUAGUGACCAAUAAAAUGUCAGCACAUUUAUCCACUGAUGGAAGUCAUCAAAAUGGCUCAAAGGAUCACCGAGAUCUUGAAGUGAAUGCCAUAGGUAUUAUAACUCUUGAAGAUAUCUUGGAAGAAUUACUACAAGAAGAAAUUGUUGACGAGACUGACAUUUACGUUGAUGUUCAUAAACGAGUUAAAGUAGCAAGGGCUAAACUAUCAAGAGCAAACUCUGUACAGAUCCCUAACGAAGCGCUUUUGCAAUCCUCAAAACUGAUCUCAAGAAGGCAACGCUCAUCAUCAUUAGGACAUUCAUCUAAAUACCACGAUGCAGCAUCACCCAGCCUUGUAUCUAAUUUAAUUUCAAAUAAGGACAAAGUUAUUCAAGAAGAGAAGGAAGUUCCAGAUAGCCCACCUCACACACAUUACAGCAUUAAUGAAGACCCCAGCGAUUUAGACACAUCACCUUUGAUACCAGAUUUAAACUGAACAAAUAUUCAUCAUGGAGUGUAGGUAACAAGAGCGACCGCUCACUGGUCCGCGUAUUAAACUGAGGUUACCUUGGUUCAUUUUUAUUUUUGGGCGUAAUGGCUGUCUUACAAUAGACGACGAAUUUGUUCAUGUGAAUUGCGAUUUUUUGCGCUUAUACACAUGCUCAGUUUAAUUUUCAACUACGAAAUUCCUUACCACAUAUGCUUUUAAAAAAAUUAAUUGUCGAUUCAUGUGAAUGAAUUUGCCUCAGAAAACAACUUUAAUAGGAACCAAUCGCAAAAAGAACUCACUGACAGUCACACCUCGAACUGAAAUUUGUGAUUAAAAUACACGUAUAUCAUUAUUUUUCUGAAGGACGUCUUUGUAGUUAAUGUUUUGAGUGUCAUUGCUGCAUACUGUAGUCCUUGUGAAGAAUUGUUGUGCUGUGUGAUCAAGGGUGGAUCGAGAAUGUUUCUAACGGGGGUUAUUUGUACAAAAUUAAAAUGUCUUAGAAUUGACAAGAUAUAAUGUCUUAAAAUUGGGGGGGGGGGAGAGAGAAUGACAGGUAGGUAAAAAUAGCCCCCAAUAAUGAAAUUUAAUAAUAAAACUUUUUUUUUUUUAUAUUUCAUCUAUUGAAAUGAUGCAAAAAUCAAUAAUUAAAUGUAAGUCGAGUAGUCCAGGUGUUUUUUAGAAUGAUUUAUGUCUUUUAUUUAGCAAUAAUUAUUUAUUUUAGGGAAUAGAUGCAGAGCAUCUUCAUUAUUAGUUUGUUUAUUUGGUAAUAAAAUUAAAAAAUACAGAUAUACCUUUUUUAUGGGAACCUUUAUUUGUUGUAAGAGAAAUUAUACUGGUCAUUUUCUAAUUCAACUAAAUACUGUAUAUUUAUGUUAUAAUACAGCAAGUUAAAAUAUAAAAAAAAUGGUUGUCAAAUGAGUUUUGACAAUUUUAUUUUUAUUGACAUAGGAAUUAUAACUAAUUUAUAGCAACAGUUUGCAUUGCAAAUAAGAUUCACUUAUAAAUAGGAAAUCACAGAAAUGUAAUUUAUAUAACAUCAAUACUCUGUAUGUUCCCAAUAUUAUUUCAUAAUGCAAUGUUAAUGACCAAAUCUUUCUUCCCUUUUUUUUUAUAUUGAGCUUUCUAUUGGAUGCAUGUAGCAUGAAUAAAGACUUAACAAAUGAGGAUGCAUGUGAUGGUAUGGUCCUGUAGUACAUGAAAAAAAAUGCCAAUGGUUAUGUGUCAAAUUUGUGAAUGAGUGAAUUUUGGUUUAAAUUUAAGUUUAUUGCUCAAAAGGUGUCAAAAUAUAAAGUUGAAUUAAGUUCUCUUAUUUUGAGACUGCUGUAAUUGUUGUGUUACAAUGAAAAAAAUUAAAUGUCCCCUUUAUAGGGGUGUUAAAUAUGUAUUGAUUGACCUUUUGGCACACUCAGAAAGUGAUAAAUAUAAAGUGAUAAUAUUUCCCCUUGUUUCAUGGAAAACUGUCCCCUGAAUAGGAGUGUCCCAAAUGAGGGGUUGUACUAUUUUAUCAUGUACGUAUAUCAAGUUGUGUUUAUUGCCCUUUCUAUUCACAAUAUUGAACCUCUUGGCAUGUUCAUGUGACAAGGAUACUGAGGAUCAUACACAUGUUAAAGGUCUAGUUAAGUUAGGGUAUACGAUUACACACUACAGGUAUUUUAUUUAUCUUAAUAAAAAUGGAUAUUCACACAAA